AUUCUACUAUUAUCAUUUCAUACACAUUCAGGAUGUAUUACAAGUAUAUAAAAUCAAUCCCUGUAAUCCACUCGGACUUUUGACGUGUGUUGUGUUGUCGUUGUUCAUUGAUGUUUGUGGAGAUGGAAAAUGUCUUUCUGGAGCUGCGACUAAAAAUUAUUUACGACACUCUAGAACAAUUAACAGAAGUUUUGUUUAUUGUUUAUUUAUUGAUCUUCGGAUUAAGAAUAAAGGGACAGUUUAUACACACCACGGGAGACAUACUACUUGGGUCUACAACAAAAUAGCUGGUGUGUACCUAUCUGUGAUUCGCCCAUCACAACUGGGAAAAUAAUCGCGCUGAAUUCACGAUGGCAAAAUCUGUACCUUCCAUUUGCGUGGCUGGUGAAUGAUAAACGAGAAUAGAGUCGUUAUGGCAACUGCCUCAACACUCAGAAUUUGCAGCCAAAAACACAUCUUUUAUACAACUCAUUAGAAGGUUCUAGAAAGUUGUAUCACGUGAUGGCUUGUUGCUCAUCGAUUGGUUAAUUGUCACUCCUAUCCAACGAUUCAUUUUCAAAUCCACUGCACUUUAUUUUAUUGAUGCCCUUCCAUCAGAAGACAGAGGUAAAUUUCUCCCCUGUAGGAUUCGAAAUCAGAAUGUCAAGUGUUGUAGCUUCUACAGAGGAUCAGUAACUGUGUCACACUGAAUCUCCCCAAGAACUACAUUAAGGAUACACGUGUCUGUAGAGUUCUCAUCCACUUGCACAUUAAUUUCAUGAGCAGGCUGUUCCACUGAUUGGAUCAACUGGAACUCUCAUCAUUGUAACCAAUGGAGUGCAAAAGAUGUGUGAGUUUAGAGGGGUAUAUUAUUUGGGUGGAUACUGUGGUAGCUCUCGUGUUCCAGGUUACAGCUAACUGCAUCAAUUAGUAUUUUACAUCUCUGACAAAUAGAAUGUUGUAGGGAAGGUGGACAUUAAACGAUGAUAGUAUACCCUUCCCACGUGACAAGUGGUAUGAAUUAGUCACUAUAAAUAAGAGAGAACAAGAGAGUACCUGAAAUAUCAAAAAAGGAAACUAAUUCAAAAAUCCCUUCUGAACUGUUUAUCUUUGCCGUCGCUUGAGUGACAAGAAAUUAUUAAUCAUUAAGCAAAUACCAGUGGAACAGAUGACUAAAGAUGAAAGACAGACAGCUUUGAAUGAGGUGAAAGUUCUGUCGAUGCUUAACAACCCUUUUAUCAUCAAAUAUUAUGAGAACUUUCUAGAAGACAAAGCCUUAAUGAUUGUCAUGGAAUACGCACAAGGUGGGACAUUGUUUGAAUUAUUACAGAGCCGUAAUGGACAACUUUUGGAUGAAGAGGUCAUCCUGCAUUACUUUGCUCAGAUGCUGUUGUCUCUUCAACAUGUUGACUCCAAGCAAAUUCUUCAUCGAGACCUCAAGACACAGAACAUACUCCUAGAUAAAAAGAAACAGAUUGUCAAAAUCGGAGACUUUGGCAUUUCCAAAGUUCUUAGCAGCAAAAGUAAAGCUUAUACGGUUGUUGGUACCCCGUGUUACCUGUCUCCCGAACUCUGUUCUGGAAUGCCAUAUAACCAAAAAAGUGACAUCUGGGCUCUUGGUUGUGUUCUUUAUGAAAUGGUUACUCUGAAACGAGCCUUCGAAGCAUCGAAUCUUCCAGCUUUGAUCAUCAAAAUUGUUGGAGGAACCUUUGAACCAAUUCCUGAUAUUUACAGUGAAGAAUCGCGAUCACUCAUUCUAAGCAUGCUUCACCGAGAUCCUAGCAGACGACCAACCAUAAACCAGAUUAUCACACAACCUCGAAUUAUUAAUCAUGUUCUCUAUCUUUAUACUGACUGGGGCAAAAUUCCAUCAACCAGGGUACAAAGACCAUUGUCCAGUAUUCAGCCUUCAGCACGGAACAGACAGUCAGUGAGAGGAGGCAAUAAUAUAACAAACAGAGAUACUCUCUCAGAGAAAGCUCAGGCUGCGAGUUGUGUGUAUUAUUGGGGAGGUGGCAUUCCACAACCACUGAAAUUAACUCUGCCAAGUUGUGACACCCAAGUUAUUCAAGUGGCAGCAGGAAGAACGCAGAAAGCCGCUGUCACUAAAAGUGGUCGAUUAUUUGUUUGGGAGAGUACAGGAAUUACUACUGACAGUGUCUUACCUGGAGCUGUAGAGAAUUCUAGUCCUGCUUUUAUACCAAGAUACCUGGAAGGUCAAGCAGCCGUCACAAUUCAACAUGUUUCUUGUGGAGAUCUUUUUGCUGCCUGUCUAACAGAUCGAGGAAUUCUAAUGACUCUGGGAAGUGGUGCCAAUGGUUGCCUGGGACAUGGCAACUUUAAUGAUGUCACUCACGCAAAAAUAGUGGAAGCUCUUCUGGGUUAUGAAGUGAUGCAGGUGUCAUGUGGUGCAUCACAUGUUUUAGCAGUGACCAAUGAACACGAAGUAUUUGCUUGGGGGCGUGGAGAUAAUGGUCGUCUUGGAUUAACUACUCAAGAGAGCUGUCUUUCUCCAUCAGCUGUGCCGAUUCCUGAAAAUAUGCAGCCAUUUUCUGUCCACUGUGGUGUGGAUAGUUCUAUUAUAUUAACUGUGGACAAGAAACUUCUAAGUUGUGGCAAUAACAGAUAUAACAAACUUGGAUUAGACACAGAGGAAGAGAAUGUUGAUGUCAUCUUUAAGUUCACUGUAGUCAGUAGGUCGCCUUUAGGUGAGAAAGAAAUAAAAAAUGUUGCACUGGGCACAUCCCACACUGCAGUUGUGACAGUCAGUGGUGAAUGCUUCACAUUUGGUUCAAACCAGUUUGGUCAGUUGGGUUAUGAAACUGAAUUCUCUUCUCGCAGCCGACCUCAGCGUGUUGACAGCCUAGAGUCAUAUGUAACUACUACUGUAGCAUGUGGUGACACCUAUACCAUAGCAGUCACUGAAGAUUCAGAAGUAUUUUCAUGGGGAAACAGUUCUCGAGGUCGACUUGGCAGGAAUUCAGAAAAUAGUGGUAUCCCUCAGAAGAUUACUUUCCCAGAUGAUCCGUUCACUGUGACCUCAGUCUCUUGUAGCUAUGGUAACACUCUCAUUGCUACCAAACAUUAACACUCGUUCCAAUGAACUUGGUGCAGCUGUCUGCAUUAUAUCAACACAUAGUGAUGGCUGCAUUGGUAUCACUGUCACGUGACUGUCACAUGACUCACUUCUAUUCAUGCCUCACUAAUUGCACUUGAACAGGCAGACAGACAGACAGGCAGCAGAGAAGCCUUUAAUAAUAUACUUAUGUAAACUAUGGUUGUAAUGUAUGUGUGUAUAUACUGAUAAAUAAAUAUAUAUA